AUGUCUAACGCUCAACAACGUCUGAACCAGGUUUCCUCCCACUUCGGCCCUGGAGGCAAGAAGGGAGCUGCCGCUCUUACCGAGAAACACCCCGAUGAUAUUGUCGUGACAUGUGCUCUGCGUACUGCCCUCACCAAGGGUGGUAAGGGUGGAUUCAAGGAUACCGCUGCGGCUGAUUUGCUUGCCGGUGUCUUCAAGGCUGUCCUGAACAAGAGUGGUCUUGACCCCAAGGCCGUCGAGGAUAUCGCCGUUGGCUCCGUCCUUGCCCCCGGUGGUGGUGCUACCGAGUUCCGUGCUGCUGCUCUCGUGGCUGGAUUCCCCGAGACCACCGCCGUCAAGAGUCUGAACCGCCAGUGCUCCAGCGGUCUCCAAGCCAUCGCUGAUAUUGCCAACGGUAUUCAGUCCGGCAUGAUCGAGGUCGGAAUCGGAGCUGGUGUGGAGAGCAUGUCCUCUCAAUAUGGACCCGGUGCCGUGACUGAGUUCUCCGACCUCCUCGAAAGCCACCCCGAAUCUGCCAACUGCAAGGUCCCUAUGGGUGUCUUGUCCGAGAACAUGGCCAAAGACCGUGGGGUCACUCGCGCUGCACAGGACUCAUUCGCUGCCAACUCAUACCAGAAGGCUGUUGCCGCCCAGAAGGCCGGUCUCUUCAACGAGGAGAUCGCCCCUCUGGACGUGAAGUGGACUGACCCCAAGACCGGCGAGGAGAAGACCAUCACCGUUAAGGCUGACGAUGGUGUCCGCGAGGGCAUCACCGCCGAGUCACUUGGCAAGAUCAAGCCUGCCUUCGCUAAGGAUGGCUCCAUCCACGCCGGUAACGCCUCUCAGAUCUCCGACGGUGCUGCCGCCGUCCUGCUCAUGAAGCGAUCCACUGCCGAGCGUCUUGGCCAGAAGAUUAUUGGAAAGUACGUUGCUGCCAGCAUUGUCGGUGUCAAGCCCCUCCUCAUGGGAGUUGGUCCUUGGAAGGCUAUCCCCGUUGCCUUGGAGAAGGCCGGCAUCACCAAGGAUGAUGUUGAUAUCUACGAGAUCAACGAGGCUUUCGCCUCCCAGUGCGUCUGGUGUGCCAAUGAGCUUGGCAUUCCUGCUGAGAAGAUCAACCCCAAGGGCGGUGCUAUUGCUUUCGGUCACCCUCUUGGUUGCACUGGCUCUCGCCAGGUCAGCACCUUGCUUACUGAGCUGAAGCGCACCAACAAGAAGAUCGGUGUUACUAGCAUGUGUGUCGGUACCGGUAUGGGUAUGGCCGCUGUCUGGGUCUCCGAAUAG